AUGAGUCCGGGAGGGGGCGAGACGGCGAGCAAGUGUGUUCCUGCUGAUGCUCACGUAGCCCCACAGCUGCAGAGAGACGCAGUUGCCACUUACGUCUUUGUGCCUCCCCGCAACACCAGCACCAGCGCCCCCCACUUCAGCCAACACACACGUUGUCACGCUGCUGGUCACACUCUCAGCCUCACGCCUCGAAAAUCCAGAACAGAUGAGAGAAAAGGGGGGAAAGAAAAGUCGUGGCUGCGGCGAGGUGGGGCAGAUGCUAACAGGACUUUGCAUGUGGGUCAGAAUAGAUCUGCUAAAGGAGGUCAGACACCCUCGAACUCCAGGAGACACAUCUGA